AAACCACUGAUCAGGCAAGCCGCAUCAUCCAAUCAGGGUCUCCACGUAACACCUGGCUACCACCCCAUGAAAAACACCGAACAACUCCUGACGUUGCGUUGGGCACAUGCCAGCCUGGGCGCACCGGCGCCGCCAGUUUCAAUCCGCUUCCUUUUGGGCUCAGGCCGGUUCCGUUAGACGUAAUUUUGGACCCCAUCCGCCCGCGCCCAGAACAAGCAGCGAUGGGUCGUCGACCAGCGAAGUGCUAUCGCUACAACAAGAACAAGCCAUACCCCAAGACCCGCUACUGCCGAGGCGUGCCCGAUCCGAAGAUCCGCAUUUUUGACGUCGGAAAAAAGAAGAUGCCCUGCGACGAGUUCCCGGCGGCGGCCCACUUAGUGUGUGAUGAGGACCAGCAGUUGACCUCGGAGGCCUUGGAGGCAGCCCGUAUCGCGGUGAACAAGUACAUGGUGACCAACGCGGGCAAGGAUUUCUUCCACAUCCGCAUCCGUCCUCAUCCCUUCAACGUGCUCCGCAUCAACAAGACCUUGUCCUGCGCGGGCGCGGAUCGCCUCUCCAGCGGCAUGCGCGGCGCCUUCGGGAAGCCCUACGGCACCGCCGCGCGCGUGGACAUCGGACAGGUGCUCAUCUCCUUGCGCACCAAAGAAGAGAAGAUCCAAUUUGCUGUGGAGGCGCUCAGGCGUGCGAGUGCCAAGUUCGCAGGUCGGCAGAAGGUACACGUGUCCAACAAGUUCGGCUUCACCAAAUAUACCAAGAAGGAGUACCAUGACUACAAGGCCCAAGGACGUUUGGUCCCUGAUGGCACCAACGUGAGGUGGCUCUCCAGCCGCGGUCCCUUGUGGCGUUUGAUCGGCCGGGAGAACGCGUGAACGCGGCAAAACGCGGCGCCGGCAGCUCUAGCGCUGCCUGCGAGGCGUAGGUAGCCAGGUUGAGCCGUUUUCGUCGAACUGCACAGGGCACCAACUGGCAAAAGGAGAUGCUGCUGACUGCUU